AUGGCCACUCCCACAACUAAGAUAGAUAUCACCAAGCUUCCUUCUGAACAGAUAAUCCAAUUGAAGAAUCAGGUUCAGGAGGAGUUGAAUCAUUUCACUUCUUCUUUGCAGGCACUUACCACUGCUCAGACCAAGUUCAAAGAUUGCAUUGAUAAUAUUAAUGAGAUAGCUUCUUCUUCUUCAUCUUCUGAAAAGAAGGAGAUUAUGGUUCCCUUGACCGGUUCAUUGUAUGUUCCAGGCUUUAUUAAAAGCGAGAACAAAUUUUUAUGCGACAUUGGGACUGGAUAUUUUGUUGAAAAGGAUUCUAAAAAUGCUAAAAUAUUGUUUCAAAGUAAGAUCGACAAGUUGACCAAAGAUAAUGAAAAAUUAACUGAGAUACUUCAGUCAAAAGCUGAUACUUUGAAUUCCAUCAACAACGUUUUGAGGUCAAAAUUCAAAGAACAAGACGCUGCAUAUCAAGCAAAAGCAAAUAAAUAG